CGGGCGGGGGGAGGAGCGCGGCCGGGGCGGGCAGAGCCGGAGCGGCGCGCAGGGCAGAGGCGGCCCGAUGGGGCGGCCGGGCGGCAGCCUGGCCCCGCUCCGCCUGCUGCUGCUCCUGGCGCUGGGGCACGCCUGGACCUACCGGGAGGAGCCGCAGGACGGCGACAGGGAGGUUUGCUCCGAGAACAAAAUCGCCACCACCCGGUACCCCUGCCUGAAACCCACGGGCGAGCUCACCACCUGCUUCAGGAAAAAAUGCUGUAAGGGUUAUAAAUUUGUUCUUGGACAGUGCAUCCCUGAAGACUACGAUGUCUGCGCUGAAGCUCCUUGUGAACAGCAGUGCACAGAUAACUUUGGGCGAGUCUUAUGCACUUGCUACCCUGGAUACCGCUAUGAUCGGGAGAGGCACAGGAACAGAGAGAAGCCUUAUUGCCUGGACAUUGAUGAGUGUGCCACGAGCAAUGGGACGCUGUGCCCUCACAUCUGUGUCAACACCAUGGGCAGCUACAGGUGCGAGUGUCACGAAGGCUAUAUCCGUGAGGAGGAUGGCAAGACCUGCACCAAAGGAGAUAAAGCUGCACUUCCUGAGAAAUCUGAAAAUGUGGCAAAAUCAGGGACAUGCUGUGCCUCUUGUAAGGAAUUUCAUCAAAUAAAGCAGACGGUUUUACAACUGAAGCAAAAGGUUGCUUUGCUGCCAAAUAAUGCUGCUGAUCUUAGCAAGCAAAUCACUGGUGAAAAAGUUCUUGCAUCUAAUGCAUAUAUCCCUGGGCCCCCAGGCCAGCCUGGCCAACCAGGACCUCCAGGGGCUCCAGGACCAAAAGGGAGUCAAGGAGUUCCUGGGUCACCUGGACCUCCUGGGCAGCCAGGCCCUCGUGGAUCAAUGGGACCUAUGGGCCCAUCUCCGGACAUCUCACAUAUUAAGCAGGGCAGACGGGGGCCUGUGGGCCCACCAGGAGCCCCAGGAAGAGAUGGUAGCAAGGGGGAGCGAGGCGCACCGGGACCAAAGGGGAUACCUGGCCCACCAGGUUCAUUUGAUUUCCUGUUGCUGAUGAUGGCAGACAUCAGAAAUGACAUCGCUGAGCUGCAAGAGAGAGUGUUUGGACACAGGACUCAUUCAUCAACAGAGGAGUUUCCAUUACCUCAGGAAUUUACAAACUAUCAUGACACAGUAGAUUUUGGUUCUGGAGAAGACUACAAACCACGGGCAGCUCCCAGAGACUCCAGGAUACAGAAGGCAGCCCAUCCUUAGCUACACCUACUGAAAAAUAGAGCCCCUUUAGAGUUCUUCAAUAUAAAAAUGCACUGACAAUGUAAAAAAAAAAAAAAAAUUAUAUAUAUUACUUCCAGUUUUCUCUCUGCUUCUCCUCAACCAUACUGCUCAUACUGUAGCUUUCUUGGUUCAUAGUACCCUUCUUGCAGUAAUUCUGUACCGUCAAGCCUGCACUGUGCAUUGUAUGUUGACUAGCAAGAAAACUUUCUUAGUAUAUAAUACCAUUAAGGCAAGCUCUAGCUAAUGGCGCAGACCACAGCAUUUCAUCUGCCUACCUUGCAUUCUAUGUCCAAAUUACAUAGCACCCAAAUUUUGCCAAGGGCAGAGAGAUAACUGAACAUCUUCCCUCAAUGAUGUCAAUAAUGAAAACCUUGGUCCACGGUUAUUUUAUACAUGUAAAUAUAUUACACCGCUGAACUCAGUUCUCUAGCACUUCACUGAGGCUUAGGAGACUGUGAAAAAGUGGAUCCCUGUUUCAGAGCAGAGACCAGCUGUCAUCUUCUAUUAUGCUCCACCAUGGCAGAAAAAUGAAAAAUAAUAUAUGUUGAAGCAGUGAUACAAGGGUGCUGCUCAUUAUCUGGAAAUUAUUUGGCUUUGUGUUGCUAGAGUAUUGUUCAAAGAGAGUCAAUAAGAUGUGUUUGUCCUAAACUAACACUACUUUUCCCUUACUGUUCUUACAUUGCUUAGUGUGAAGGCCAGUUCCCUCCCUCAGCAGAUUCAUGCUGGAUACAUUACACAAAGACGAACAAGAGAAAAGGGGAUAUAUAAAGCAGGAAAAUUUAGUGUAAGUGAAUCAAGUAGCACAAAAUUGAUCCCAGCCUUGCAGAAAGAGUCAGACUCUGACCUCCUCUAGGUGCGUGUCUUCCAUGGUGAAAUGCUGAAGUACAAGUAAAAUUGAAUCCAGAGAGAGGCCUCAUGUUUGCAAAAAGAUUCCAUCUAUUUGUUCCUCAGCUGUGUGAGGGCAACCGAAAUGGCAUUCGUGGAACUGGGACACAGAGUUGGAGUGUAUUUGGCCGGGCAUAUGAAGAGUAUGAGUAGGUCCAGGACUGCACGAGACAAAACACUUCAACGAGGAUGGCUAAGGCGAAGGACUGGGAUCCUAUAUUUCGAAGGGGGAUAAAAGGGAGUGCACUUUUUUUACACUGGAAAAUUGGAUGCACAAGUUAGACCGUACCUCAUGGAUGAUUUCUUUUAGAUUACCACGGCUGCUGAGGACUUUGCCAUGCUUAGAAGAUAAAGGAGUACAUUAAGCACAAAGCUUCAAUGUUGUAUGUGUGUAGCUGCUACUUCUACAGUAUCUGUAGCGCUGGGUCAUGUCCAUGUUACAAUUGCAAAGAAAAACUUAUUUUGCCAAGUUUCUCAAGGCUUGUACGUUCUAAUAAAAAUAAAUGCAGGUAAAAAUAUAAGCAGGCCCUUUUCAGAUAACCGGGAAAGGUUUAGAUUCCCUUCUGUAUUCUGUGGGCCAAAACAUAGUUGGUGUAAUCCCUACACCACUGGUACUAGCCACAUUGUAUGAACAUGUGGCUCUCUAGACCUUUCAUAUCUUUCAUAUAUUUUCUUAAGAGGAUGAGUUCAUUCCUGUAGUCAUUUCCCAACUCUUCACUAUCAUUAUGCCACAGGCAAGGGCAUCAGCUUUAAGAACAUAAAUGUUCUGUGUUCCUCUUCCAUGUUAUAUGUGUAUCAAUAGUUACAAAGCAAUGACUAAGUCACUGGGAUAGCUUGGAAAAAAAUUAUAGAGCUCUCACCCUCUAGCCUUUGGGCUUCUCCUCUGGGAGGAGCAUUUCCAGCAACUCCAGAAUGAAGUAGUCUUGUGAACCAGGUAAAAAGGAAAUCAUUGAGACUUGGGGAAGGAACUUGCGGGGAUCCCAAAAGAGGGAUGGUCUUAUAUGCAGCAGGCUGAAAGAAACCUCUAAGACUGCGUGACCUGAGGCAGUUAUGUCUGAUCUUCUUAAUUUCAAGCAGGCUAUUAGGUAUAAAUAACAUUGUUUAUGAAUAUGCAAUUUUAAGUAAAUUUGUUAAAUGUCAGAUGUAUUGUACUCUUGCAAAGUGUGUAACUCUUGCAUAUACUUACCACCACAUGCCAUCACCUGCUGGAUCAGGUUGAUUCCCACUAUAGAAUUAGUAGCUGUGGUUUUUUGGACCAUCGGAUACAGAAUAAUGAGUUAAAUGAGCCACUUCCUACAAACCAGCUAAAUUCUAUCACCUACAAGAAGUUGUGUUUUUAAAAAGGCACUUAUUUCAGUUCUAAGCUCUGCUUUUCUGAAUAGACAAAUACCCAAUGAGGAGUUCCUACAGUCUGAUCAUCCAGUUCAGCGGUAGGUGCUAGGCCCUGCUGUCCCUAAGUAUCCAGGGAAGGGAAGUUCUGAGACUGGACCAGAAAAGUAGAUAAAAUACACGUCUCGUUGUAAGCAGAGAAAGCUGUCCUACAGACUCAUGACCACAAAACAUGGCACGUGUUGACGUGCCUUUCUGAAUGGAAUCUUCGAUCAUUGCUCUUUUUGGAGUCUGCAUCAUUGGCUUUCACAGCCCAGAGCUGAGUUUCCAACAGUUUUCCAUAAGAAAAGCGGAGGAGCAGUUCCUUAAGUUUGUCCUUGUGCUUCACCUUCCUUUUUCCAGAUUCCCUUUCCAGCCACAUCUGGUGGCUGAGUCCCAGCAGCAAGGACACUACAUCAAAGAUGCAUCCACCUGAUGUGGCACAGGAAUUCCUCCAGCAGGAAGAGCCCCUCUGAGCACAGCUGGGAAGGUUCAGUCUUCUGUCUGCGUCCCGCUAAGCUCUUUGCAUAGAUCUUUCCAUUUUAUUUCUGAUUAAUUGUAUGAUAACGUUUGUAAUGCAUUGUAUCAGUCAUUUCAUUAAGACUUCUGGAUAAACACAUAAAGACACCCAGACAGAAAAUGACAUUUUCUUUAGUAUACCCAAAGUUUUAUAAAGCCAGAGUCAUUUCCAGUUUUAAGUUCGGUUACUGGGCACACAGAGAAGUCAUUACCUUGUAAAUUAUUUAUUACUCUGUGUCCCCCAAAAUGACAACACCCACCCCCUUCAAUAAUCCAAAAUAAAAAUGUAGAAGGAUCUACAUCUACACCUAGUUUUGAUUCCAGAACCCUGCACAUGACAACUUUGUUUCAUAUAAAUACUAUAUAGAAUUUUAUUAGUAAGAAAUAUUAUUUUGAUGUUAAGACAUCAAGUUAUAAGCAGAAGGAUAAUAAAGAAUUUGUUAUUUUAUUAAUAUUAGAAAUAUAUUUAAUGGAAACAUUUGCAAGAGUGUGUAGUGAUGGGAAAAUGCUAACAGGUUUAACAAAAUUGUAAAGUUUGGAUAAUGUUUUCUUUCAACACCAUGCCAAGUACAAACAGGAUUAGUCUUUCCUGCAAAAGUGGAAUACGUACACAGAACUCCUACAUAGGAUAAAACCAGGAAAAGGAGGGGAAAAUUGAUUGUAAAUGGAAUUAAGGUAACGCUUGGAGUUAUUGUUGCCAUCACAGCUUGGGUAACUUUCUUCCUAGAGGUAUUUCAGAGUUAAUACACUAAUCCCCAGAGAAGGGACAGAAGAUGGGGGUGGGAUCCAAUAAUUUGUUAAUUUUACAUUAAAACUGUAUGUUUGUUCCUAUUACACAUUCCAAUAACUAUACUGUUCACUUUAUUUAUAUAAGUAUAUGAAAUACUAAAAUGUGUAUAAAAUGAUUGUGAUUUUAUGAUGUAUUCGUAAUAACAAAGUUAUUUUUUCUUA